AUGAAGUCAAGCAUCCUGCUUGCGCUUUGCAGCGCAUCAACUCUUGUUUCCGCCCUGGGUCAAAAGCCUGUCGUUUCCUUCCAAGAUUCCGAUGGGGCUUUCCAGAUAGCCGGAGGGCCCGUGUCCGCCGGUCAGAUUUUGGUAUCAGACAACGACUACUGGGGUGUCAUAAGGGCAGCUGGGGAUCUGGCUGCCGAUUUUGGCAGAGUUACAGGCACCAACUACACACUCAGCACUGGCACUGGGAUCUCGAAUUCAACAUAUACCAAUUAUACCAGCAGUGCUUCGGCUGCCACGUACUCGUUCAGCCCGGUAAACAACAAGAACAACACAGUUUACUCUACCACGGAGCCCGAGCACUUUACGGGACCAGCUUAUGCUGACCCAGACCUAUCAUCUGUGGUCGUCAUUGCCGGCACUGUUGGCAACAGUACUCUUAUCGACUCCCUCGUUUCAUCAGGCGCCAUAGACGUGUCCGAGAUUGAAGGAGCAUGGGAAUCAUUCACGUCCAAGCUGGUGUCCAACCCGACUGAUGGAGUGUCUCAAGCCCUGGUGAUUGCAGGAAGCGAUCCCCGUGGCACUAUUUUCGGUUUGUAUGACGUGUCUGAGCAGAUAGGUGUCUCUCCAUGGUACUUCUGGGCCGAUACACCCGUGCGCCAGACCACGGACAUCUUCGUCCCUGCCAACCUCACAAAGGUUCAGGGUCCGCCCUCAGUCAAGUAUCGCGGCAUUUUCCUCAACGAUGAGCAGCCAGGCCUGACGAACUGGGUGGCAACCAACUUUGAGGACGCCGAGAAUGGCGCAGCGGGCUACGGCCCCGAAUUCUACGCCCACGUGCUCGAGCUCAUCCUCCGCCUGCGGGCAAACUACCUGUGGCCGACUGUGUGGGCGUCGAUGUACGAGGUGGACUUCCCGGAGAACCAGCCGCUCGCCGACGCCUACGAGGUCGUCCUUGGCAGCUCACACACAGAGCCGCUCAUGCGAGCCCAGAACGAGUUCCAGAACUUCUACCCGGGCGCCUGGGCAUACAAUCUCAACAACGAGACCAUCGAUGAGUACUUCCGGUACGGCGUGCAGAGGGCCAAGCCUUAUGCGCGUAACUCGCUGUGGACCAUGGGCAUGCGCGGAACCGGUGAUACGGCUAUCGAAGGCCUGGGCGUCGACAAGAUCGUGACGAUGCUCGAGACUCUGGUGCACAACCAGCAGGAGAUCAUCAGUGAGGGUCUGGGCGGAGUUGACAUCUCCACCGUGCCGCAGAUGUGGUGCCUGUACAAGGAGGUGCAGACGUACAUCUUCGAGGGUUUGUCCGUUCCAGAUGAUAUCACCCUACUGUGGGCGGACGACAACUGGGGCAACGUCAGGCGUUUCCCGCUCGCCAACGAGACAGGCCGCGCCGGUGGUGCAGGCGUGUACUACCACUUUGAUUAUGUUGGUGACCCGAGAAACUACAAGUGGAUCAACACCGUGAAGUUGGCCAAGACCGCGGAGCAGAUGCACAUGGCCUACGCCCGUGGCGCCGAUCGCAUCUGGAUCGUUAACGUCGGUGACCUGAAGCCUGUUGAAAUCCCCAUCAGCCACUUCAUGGACAUGGCCUAUGACGCGGAGACAUGGAAUGUCGACAGCACGUCGGACUGGGCCGCGGCCUGGGCAGCGAGAGAGUUCGGCACGGACCUGGCAGCAAAUAUCUCGUCGUUGAUGGUUCACUAUGGAACUAUGGCAAACCGUCGCAAGUUCGAGUUGAUCGAGCCCCAGUCCUACAGCGUCAUCAACUACAACGAGGGCGAUGCGCUCCUUGCGGAGUGGGCUGAGCUGCAGUCCCAGGCCGAAGCCGUGUAUGAUUCUCUGGACGAGAGCCAGCAACCGGCGUUCUUCCAGAUGGUCCUCCACCCGGUCAUUGGGGGCAACAUCGUCAACCAGAUCUACAUCGGGGCGGCCAAGAAUAUGUUGUACGCUGGUCAGAAGCGCAACUCGGCCAACCCAAAGAUGAUGGAGAUCUUCGACCUGAGUGCAGCUGACUCUGAGCUGACAGAUAGAUGGGAUGAGAUGCUCGAUGGGAAGUGGGCACACAUGAUGGACCAGACUCAUCUUGGCUACGACGGAUACUGGCAGCAGCCCAUGCGGAACACGUUGCCCGCCAUGAGCUACGUUCAGACUCAACGCGCGUCCCUCGCUGGUCACGUCGGCGUCGGCGUCGAGGGCUCCAACGGCACGGUCCAAGGUGACGAUAAAUAUCACACCAACAGCGGUAACAGUCUCGCCGUUCCGCCACUGGAGCCAUACGGCGCCGCGACUAGAUACUUCGAGGUCUUCUCCCGUGGCACAGAAAGCUGCACGUGGACAGCUACGCCUUGGGCUCCUUAUGUGAAGCUCUCCCAAAACACCGGCGUUGUCGGCCCCGACGGUGGUGACACCCGGGUGUACGUCACAAUCGACUGGGCCAGUGCCCCAGCUGCCCCGAACGUGACGAUGGUGAACAUCAACGUCACCAACUCAUGUCGUGAUCUCGACAGAUUCGGAUUCAAGGAACCACUCGUGCAGGUGCCGGUAUACAACCGCCUCCCACCGUCCAACUUCUCAGAGGGUUUCAUCGAGUCGGACGGACACGUCGCCAUCGACGGGCCCAACUACCAGGCCAUCGUGCCAGGCUCCGGAUCCGCAACCACAAUCAACGGGUCCGCCGCCGAGAAUGUGACAUAUCACACCUUUAAGGGAAUCGGCCGGACGGGCGACGGCGUGGGUCUCGUGCCGCAGGACCUGGAGAAGCUGUCGCCUGAUGCCGCCCCGGCGCUGGAGUACCAGAUGUACCUGUUCAGCAACUCAUCCAAGGCCAACGUCACGGUCUGGAUCUCACCGUCCCACAACUAUCUCGGUGACGGGACCCCGCUUCAGUAUGCCAUUGAUCUCUCUCCUGCCGGCUCGGAUGUGCCGUCGAACCUGACGAUCGUCUCGCCCGUUGGCGCCACCGUUGGGCAGAACCUGCCGGCGGGCUGGGGAUAUGCGGUUGCGGAUGGCGUGUGGGGAAAGACGGGCAACUACACCACUAGCUCUUUCAAGGUGCCGCAGGAAGGCGCGUACACCCUGCGUAUCUGGGCUCUUAUGCCAAGUAUUAUUGUGCAGAAGGUGGUGGUUGACCUGGGAGGCGUGAGGCCCAGCUAUCUUGGUCCGCCUGAGAGCUUCUUACUCGGGCGGGAUGAGCUCGGCGCGUACAAUGGUACCACCGUCUUCUCGGGUUGA